CUUCUUCUUCUUCUAAAUCUGGGGCUUGUUUCUUGAUCUGGGUAAUUCAGUUCAACUUAUAGCUUGCCAAAGAUGAUCAGUUCAACAGAUUUCUACCAUGUGAUGACGGCCAUGGUGCCGCUUUACGUGGCCAUGAUUUUAGCUUACGGUUCAGUGAAAUGGUGGAAGAUUUUCUCUCCCGGUCAGUGUUCUGGAAUCAAUCGCUUCGUUGCUCUCUUUGCUGUCCCUCUCCUUUCCUUUCACUUCAUCGCCUCCAACGACCCUUAUGCCAUGAACUUUCGUUUCAUAGCUGCUGAUACCCUACAAAAGGUCAUAGUCCUUGUGAUUGUUGCGGUUUGGUGCAAUUUGAGCAAAAGGGGUUCCUUGGAAUGGAGCAUCACCCUCUUUUCACUCUCUACGCUUCCAAACACUUUGGUUAUGGGCAUCCCUUUGCUUCAAGGGAUGUAUGGGGAGUUUUCCGGAAGCUUGAUGGUGCAAAUCGUUGUUCUUCAGUGCAUUAUUUGGUACACUUUGAUGCUUUUCAUGUUUGAAUAUAGAGGUGCCAGAAUGCUGAUAUCGGAGCAAUUCCCUGACACCGCCGGCACGAUUGUUUCGAUCCAUGUCGAGUCGGAUGUCAUGUCGCUUGACGGUCGACAGCCAUUGGAAACCGAGGCUGAGAUCAAAGAAGAUGGUAAGCUCCAUGUUACUGUCAGGAAAUCUAAUGCUUCGAGAUCAGAUAUUUUCUCGAGAAAAUCCCAUGGCUUCUCUUCGACAACUCCACGACCUUCGAAUCUAACCAAUGCCGAGAUCUACUCUUUGCAAUCAUCGAGGAACGCGACUCCCAGAGGCUCUAGCUUUAAUCACACUGAUUUCUACUCCAUGAUGGCCGGUGGACGCAACUCGAAUUUCGGUGCUUCGGAUGUUUAUGGUAUGUCUGCCUCUCGGGGACCUACUCCGAGACCAUCUAAUUAUGAUCAAGCGCAUUAUCACGCAGCAGGCGGUGCCGGUGCUGCCCAUUAUCCGGCUCCUAAUCAUGUGUCUAAAACAAAGAAGCAUAAUGAUCAAGCUCACCAUAAGGGUGAAGAUGGUGCUAGGGACCUUCAUAUGUUUGUUUGGAGUUCAAGUGCUUCUCCUGUAUCCGAUGUCUUCGGCGGCGGCGGCCAUGAAUAUGGAGCAACGGACCAGAAAGAGGUUAGAGCGGCUCUCUCCCCCGGAAAAGAGUACACGGAAAGAGAAGAUUUGGGAUUUGGAAAAGGAGGACCGGAACGAGGGGAUCAUCCGACGGGCAAUGGGAAGCCGAAAACCAUGCCGCCAACAAGUGUCAUCACAAGGCUGAUACUGAUCAUGGUUUGGAGAAAACUUAUACGAAACCCCAACACUUAUUCAAGCUUAAUAGGACUGAUUUGGUCCCUAAUCUCAUUCAGGUGGAAUGUACAAAUGCCUGCAAUAAUAGCCAAGUCCAUCGCCAUUCUGUCAGAUGCAGGGCUUGGCAUGGCCAUGUUUAGCCUUGGACUGUUCAUGGCAUUGCAACCCAGGAUCAUAGCAUGUGGGAAUUCGGUUGCAGCUUUUGCUAUGGGUGUUAGAUUCCUUAUAGGUCCAGCUGUGAUGGCUGCAGCUUCCGUUAUUGUUGGCCUGCGUGGCGUUCUCUUACACGUUGCCAUUGUACAGGCAGCUCUCCCACAAGGAAUUGUCCCCUUUGUCUUUGCCAAGGAAUACAACGUACACCCUGAUAUUCUCAGCACAGCGGUUAUUUUUGGGAUGCUAAUAGCGUUGCCCAUAACGCUUGUGUACUACGUAUUGUUGGGAUUAUGAAGUAGCCGGCACUGGCCUAUAUGUCAACGUUUUAAUUAUUUAAUCCCUUUGGGGUUGGGUCCCUGCCAACAAAAUCAAACCCCUUUUGUUAAACAAAUCCAGGAUCCACCCUCAAUCUUC